GACUGAGCCCAAACCCUCAAAAUACACAAGUCACAACCCUAGCCUCUACGGAGUCUGCUCCGCUCCCUUUCCCACUUAUGGCGGCCGCCGCUACACUCCAGCGCUGCUUCUCGACGACCUCGACCGAAUCCUUCUGCUCUCCAUCACCGACAGUCAGGCAGACAACGUUCUCACCUCCGUCUCUUCUCUACGCGCCUCCGUCCCACGCAGAGUACAACCGAUUGAGCUGCCUAGCCGUCAUUACCACUCGUCGACCGACCCCUUCACAUUCCCUAUCCAUCUGUUCUAGUCUCGCAACCACAAACCUGCAAAGCAAAGAACGAAACAUGUUCAUAGAACAAAACGAGGAGACGGAGAAGAAUCGAAGAGCGACAACAACAUGCAGAGCACAAAGAACAGAGGCAAAAUCCAUAAAAAAAUCCCUAAUUGAAGAAGCAAAACGAGGAGAUGAAGAAGAAUCGAAGAGCGACAGAAAAAACAUGAGAAUAGCCACCGUAGAGGAGACGACGACAGAGAAUAAAUGGUUGGCGGUGAUGGUGAUGGUGAUGAGAUAGUUCUCUAGCUAUACCAUCGGAAUUUGGAGAGAAAGAAGAAUCAGUAGAGAAAAAAGAGAGAAGUACUAGAAGGAAAGGGAGAAGGCAAAGAAGAAGAAGACGAGAGAGAGGGAAGGGGUGAGGGAUUAAUUGAUGGAGGAGAGAGUAGAAAGAUAGGCAGCAGGUAAAAAUAGGCAGCACAUUAGCAUUUCGGUUUUGGAUAGUCAAACCGAACCGAACCGAGCUAUAAUUCGGUUCGGUUCAACCGAACCGAAUUAUAUCUCGGUUCGAAUUCGGUUGGGGUGCUGGGUACUUCGGAAAUUCGGCAUGUCCUGGUUCGGUUCGGUUUGAACCGAACCGACCGAACGCCCACCCCUACUGUACUCUGAGUUGGGUUUCGGCUCAGCAAAAGAAUACGCGACCAUUAGUAUUCCCAGUGUGGAGGGGUAUAAUAGGCAUCCGAUAUUAAAUGGUGGGGAAGCCGAGCAGCUUUAUUUGCUGGGCCCAAUUAAUUUAUUUUGGCCCAUUUCCCCUUUCCUUUGUCGUGUUCUCAGUUGGUAGUUAGAGUGAAGAAAAUAGAAUUCACUUGGGAUCGUGAUUUUAAUCUGCUCGAUUAAUUUAUGUUUGCCCAUCUCCGACAUCGCCACCCUCUCCUUUCUUCUUCUCAUUCUAUACCCCCCAUCUUCCUGUACAAUCCGCCGACCUGGGUUGUGCUGCGACCCGAGGAAUCGACGGGGGCAGAACCAGUUCAUGAAGGAACCAGUUGAGAAUCGGCAUUAGAUUCGAUGGAAAAGGAAGCUGCGAGGUAGACGACACUCUGGAAGUGGCGAGUGACAUCAAAUCCCCAAUUCCGUCCUCCUUCCGUCCCUUUGACAACUACUUCUCAUCGUCCUUUCUCUUUGCGGUAAAUUCAAUUUCCCUUCAAGUUAAAUUUCAAUGUCUAGGGUUUGAUUGCUGAGACGCAGACAAUUUCAACUUUUUAUGAUCACUGAUUGGGGAAUUCUGUUUUUCAGCGACCACAGCUAUCGCUCGCCCAGGCCCUCCUCUACUGCUCUAAGUCUUUUACUUCAUUCAAAUCUGAUCUAAAUCGAAUGCUGUUAUUGCCACUAUCAUAGAAUCAUAUCCCAAUCUAUUUAAUAAGAGUUUCUUAGAAGCAAAUCCAGGGAGUGUAAAUUGUAAUUUUUUUUUUUUACAAAGAGACUCAUGGAAUUCAUGUUGGAAUUUGGAUUUGGCUGGACCGAAUACCCAAUUGAUAAUUGAAUUACAUGAAUCUUUUUCAUCAAGAGACAUGUCUCUUGAAUGAAAUUAUAUUUUAAUU